AUGUAUGGUUUGUUGAUGGGAAUGUGGCCGCCGGUUGGAGUUGAUAUGAAGUACAUGUUUCACACAACUCAGGCCGGCAUAUCGUACGCCUCGCCAUUUGGAUCAUCCGGGUAUUUGGUCGGUUCACUAGCCGGUUUCUUAUAUAAAUACAUAAACAGACAGUUGGUAUUAAUUAUUGGUACCACUAUUAUGGCAAUAUUUGCUGCGAUGGCCCCGUUUUGUACCCAUUUAUGGCUGCUAUACGGGUGCCACGUUUUGGCCUGGGUGGGCGCCGGUGUUUGGGAAAGUAGUAAUACAGUGUGGGCUAUAGAGCUGUGGGCCGACAACAGCGCACCGGUGCUACAGUUGUCGUAUAUGUUGUACGGUUUGGGCGGUAUAUUAGGCCCAUUAAUAGUCAGACCCUAUUUAACCGGUGAUAUCUCCCACACGUCGACCACAACUAUGGGAUCAGUGUUUCAAACGACUACUGAUAUCAGUGUUGAGGAUAUAAACUACUCGAUUGAUAGGCGAGCAAAACUCAGGACCCCUUUUAUGAUCGGCGGUGCAAUUGGCCCAAUUUUAUUGCUAAUAAUGUUUGUCGUAAAGAGAUAUAAAGUGCCAGAAAUUGUGACACAAGAAGCAGAUCCGGAUGUCGUCGACAAUACAGUGGAUAACAUUGAAAAGAAAGUGUCGGACAAUUGUCUCGCAGAUAAUCCGCGGAUAAUAAGCAAUAAUAAAUUGUCAAAAAUAAAGAUAUUGAUCAUAAUAUUACUGGCAAUGAGUCUAAGUUUUUACACCGCGUGCGAAGUGUGCUAUUCAAUAAACGCGGUCAAUUAUUUUCAAUACAUACCUAUCCAUAUGUCGGCACAGAGAGCCACCGAUUUAACUAUGGCCACCACAGGGGCCUCGACUGUGGCCCGACUCGUAUCUACCUAUAUCUCAAGCAAAUUGGGCCCCGAAAUCAUGCUAACUUACCACUUGGGACUAGGAAUGAGCGCCAUUUGGUCGACGUAUUUUGUGUUUGGUGAAAAGUAUAUCAAACUGACCAAUAAAAUCACCUCGGUGCUCUGCUUUUCGGCCGCAUUUAAAUUAUAA